GGCUCGUCCCCUGAAAUAAAAGCUCCCCAAAUCAAUCGCUUCCAGCUCCUCUUCACAUCUCAGUCCAAGUACCCAUAGCUCAACUGAAAAAAAAAUUCCUUUUUCUGCUGGGAGGAGCGGCCGAGCGACAGCACAUGGCGGCAGCCACCGGCUACGGCGACGCCCCGACGGAGGAGGAGCUGCUCGCGUACGGCGACCUGCCCAGGCACGGCCGCGACAUGGCGGAGGUUUUCGCCGUGCGCGUCCCCGCCGGAGGAGGAGGAGGAAAAGACAGGGCCCCUCCUUGCGGUAGCAUCUUCUUUCACGGCGGAAACUCCUGCAGCGACCUUAUCUACAGCCGGAAUCGGAGCGGGACCGACGAGCCCGCCGCCACGGAACCCUGCGACAGCGAGGGCAACCUCGUGCUCACCGGCCCAUCAGUGGCCACCUCGGCGUACGGUCCAGUCGGCUUCGACAUCCACCUCCACGGCGAGUCCUCCUUGCAAGCCAACGACGGCGGCGGCGACGACCAGGACGACAACAACACCGGGAGGAUAUUCUGCGACACCGUCUCCGGCGAGUUCUCUACCUACGACAGGGUCAUAACCGAGACGGUCGCCACCGGGUACGGCCCCGCGGACGUGGUCUACGCCGUCCUCAGCAACGCCGUCCAAGGCCGGGUCGCCGUGAAGCUCACCUCUCUCCCGGCCGGAGGCGGAGACAGCGAUGGCGCGGCCAGCGGCGUCCUCGGGAGGGUCAUCGCCCGCAGCAAGUUCUUGGACGCCGGCUGCGUGCUCUUCUACAGGGAGCGCGACGGCGAGGGCGUGCCCGUGCGACCCGGGGAGCUGGUGCCGCUGGCGAGGCAAGCGCUCGCGGUGCCACUGCACAAGCCGCUGACGAUCGAGCUGAACCUGCGCAGCGACUCUGGCGAGGAGAUUGUCAGAGGCGCCGUCCAGUUCGAUCCGGCGAUCACCGGAGAGCAUAUUGAGCGUGUCGUCGGCAUGAGUGGCGCUGAAAUCGAAGUUACAGUCUCAUGGUCAGACUACCCUUGGUAGAUCGAGCCCAUUAGCCAUUAGUUACUCAUCUGUGCGAGAGGGGUAACACGGGGCCACGUACUCCUAAUCUAAAAUGGUUUACAAAUAAGUAUCUUUUGAUAUGGCUGAUGAUGUAAACUUGAUAUUGUUGUUCUAAUGUUAAAGGAUAAGAUAAUAGAUUACACAA